GUGCUCAUCUCAUCAUUCACAGCUUGCAAUAUGCAAUUUGCAUGCUCACACACUCUCAACCUCACUUCACUCUCUCAUCUCAAUUCAAUUCAUCUCAACACGACACAGAACAGAACACAACAAACAAAACAACCACUAACUAACAUCGCAGACCACCGUCCAAUUCUCAAUCCGGCAACACUGCUCUACACAAUGCGUUCUCGAUCUCACCAUGGAUUUUCGAUUACCCAAAAUGCCCUCGCCCUGCUUUAUUUAUUCUGCAUCCUCACCAACCCACCUGCGUCCACGGCUCUCAACUUCACCGCGCUGCUCUCCACCGUCCCGGACCUCUCCCAAUUCACCGCGCUCCUCGCCUCCGCGACGUCUAUAACGGCGGAUCUCUCCGACCGCUCCUCCCUCUCCAUCCUCGCCGUCCCCAACGCCUUUCUCGCCGCCGAUGACCACCUCGCCCGCCACCACCUCUCCCCCGCCGCCCUUGCUGAUGUCCUACGCUACCACGUCCUCCUCCAGUUCCUCUCCUGGUCUGACCUCCGCGCCCUCCCCUCCUCCGGGAAACUCGUCACCACGCUCCUCCAGACAACCGGACGCGCUACCGACAACUUCGGCUCCGUGAACCUCACGCGCGACCCCCAAUCCGGCCUCGUCUCGAUCCGCUCCCCCGCCCCUUACUCCCCCUCAAACGUCACCGUUUUGUCCCUCGUCAAAACCCUACCCUACAAUGUCACCAUCUUCGCCGUCAAUUCCCUCCUCAUUCCCUACGGCCUCGACCUCAUGGCGUCCGAAACCCGCCCCAACAUCGUCCUCAACAUCACCAAAGCUCUAAUCGACGGCCACAACUUCAACGUCGCCGCCUCAAUGCUCGCGGCCUCCGGCGUAGUUCAGGAAUUUGAGGCUGAUGAGGGUGGUGCUGGAAUCACUCUUUUCGUACCGGUGGAUGAUGCCUUUGCUGAUCUUCCACCCUCUGUGGCCCUUCAGUCUCUACCUGCAGAUAAAAAAGGGGUGGUUCUUAAAUUCCAUGUCCUCCAUUCCUAUUACCCUCUUGGCUCGCUUGAAUCGGUUGUUAACCCCUUCCAACCCACCCUCGCCACUGAGGCCAUGGGUGCUGGUAGUUUCACACUCAACAUUUCGCGUGUGAAUGGCUCUGUUGCCAUCAACACCGGCAUUGUACAGGCCUCAGUCACGCAGACCGUCUUUGAUCAGAACCCUGUUGCCAUUUUUGGGGUUUCCAAGGUUCUCUUGCCGAGGGAGAUUUUUGGCAGGAAUCCGACUGUCACUGCCAAGCCUAUUGAAGGUGCUCCUCCGCCGGAUGAGGAUGCGCUGUCACCAGAGAAUUCGCCGGGAUUAGAUGGACAGCCCUCGCAUUUAUCAUCACCGCCGGGGUUUCGCGAAGAUGUGCGGUCACAUGGUGGUGGGUGUGCCUUGCAGAGUAGCUAAUUUCGUUUGGUACAGGAGUUUGUGCUGGUUGCUUCUUACUGUUAUCUUACACCUAGAUGACCGUCAGGUAGUUCUUUCUUUUUAAACUACAAUUGAGGAUUACAUGUUCAGUAGUAGCCUUGACCUGCAAUCUACGUGCAAAUAAUACAAAAUAGCAUCAUACAGUGGAAGUUACAUCAUAUUAUUUGUUAGAAGAGAAAUAGUUAAUUUGAUGUCAACAAUUUUGUAAUUGUUGGAUUUUAUCUGCCGAAUGCAUUGCAUUUAUUUCUAGCUUUUCAGAAUUUAGGGAAUUUCUUGCUGUAGCUUUGUGUUAUAGUAUGAGCUGUGCUUAGCAUUUGCUAGUGCUCUGUUUACACUAUACAGGAAUGACUUUUCUUGUUUUUACGACUUAAUGGUUAAUCGUAAUCUGUUUAAAAAUACAUAAUUGCAAUGACCCAGUUUCAAGUAGAUUGGUCAAUUGUGUAUUAGAUGCUUGAAUAGAAUUGACGUGUUAUGGCACUCGAAACUGAUCACAUAUUAUGCUGCUAGUUUUAUCUGUUGUCGUUGAACGCAUUACAUGUUCUUCUUGACCACUGAUUCAAUGUUCUGAUUGAAUUAAUUUAUGGUCUUCAUUGUUUGCUAUUUUGCAAGUACUGUAGAACUGGGGCUAAUAAACUGGUCUGAGUUAAGACUAUAGAAUAUGAAUAAGUUUAGAGAGUUGUGCCGCAAACUUGUUGCUAGUAAAGAUCUAAGAUUGCUAGAUUCAUACAAUGCAAACACAAUUUUGAAGAUUCUUAAUAUGCAUGAAGUUACCCUCGUACUUAUUUAGAUCUCGAGAGCCAUUGUGGAUGAUAUAGUCCUGGUGGUGUAAGUUUGGUUUUAAAAGGAUCUAAGGAGCAUUUUUGACUUAGCCUUUUGUGGGAGAGAUUAAUCUAUUAGGGGUUUCAUUUGCCUUCUAUAAACCUUUUUAAUUUAUAUUUUUACUCCUGUCAUAAAACUUGAAUGUAGUUGUCUUAUCUGCUCAUGCUAAAGCCAAAUGUCCUAUCACUGUCAUUUUAUUUGUAUCUGGUUAAUUUCCACCUAGUUCAAAAAUUGAGGGGAGAAAUAGUUAAAAUGUAGGAUUUGAUGUGCAAAACCCAGAAUGCCAAAUGUCCUACCACCCUCGUCUUAGACAGUUGGGAUCACCAUAUGCCUAACGAUUCUGUGGGCUAUAACUAGUAUUGAUAGGCCAUUUAUUUGUAUGUCGGUUGGCUUACGCCCAGUACAAAAAUAAGGGAGAGAAAUAGAAGAAAGACGCAAAUGUUAAACAUUUUUAGAUUACGCUUUUCUAUGCCAUUGGUGCAAAACUCAAUUUAGCUAACCUCACCAAGUUGAAAAGGCUUUAGUUAUUGGUGCAAAACCCAAUCAAAUUCUUCCCUCAAUUGUAUAUUUUUGGUUCUUUUAGACUAGGAUUUGCUUCUUUAUAUUUUGGGUUGCUUCAUCUACUGCAAAACAAGGGAAGUAUUGUUUGAUACUACAUAUAAAGUGUUGAUGAUCUUCUGCUCCCUUUCUUUUGUUCUUUGUGUUGUCAUGGAAAUAUGCGGUAAUAUCACGUGUGUUGGUGGUGGUUUUGGUUAGAUCUAGGUCACUUGUCUUAAGAUUGAUCAUUCUUCAAUUGAUAGGGAUGUUCUACAUUUUUUGGAGUUUACUUUCCUUGUGAGUGUAACACUACAUAAGUCUGUUUCAAAUUUCAAACAAAACAAAAAUCUACUCGUUCGUCAAGAGUGCAUUUGCCACAUCAUACUCAGGAAGU